AUAAAAACAUAUUUUUUUCAAGCUAGAAUCCGUCAAUAAUUAGUUUACAAAUUCACUGCAAUUACCGGGCCCAGAAGCGAGUCUUCAUUGUUCGUGCAACUAUCCGCUCUUCAAACAGGGAAGAUGGCGUACAAGGGACUGUUACGUAUCAGGCGGAGCAUCAACUGUCCCACACUCACUGCGGUGAUCCUGAUCACAAUCACGCUUAUGCACAUCAAUGGCACAUCCAGACCGACUUUUGAGCCACCGCGUACAGUUUCAAAACCCCAGCGUGACCAGCAGCAUCGCCAUAUCGAUGGAGCGAAAAUUCGGGUCCCCGCUGAUGGAACAAACGAAAACUUCAGUCUUCCUACCAAGAAGCCAAUUUUGAACUGGGAAAAUUUUUUCGAUUACAUAGAAGAGGCGGCUGGGUGUAAUAAUCUCAAAAUGUUUGGAGGAGCAGAACGCGGGCGUUCAGGUCAAAUUGAUGGCGACAAGGCCGUUUGUUUGGACACCAACGUCGCCCCCACUCCGGGCUCCUGCAUCGUCCUCUCCUUUGGCAUCAACAACGAGUGGAGCUUUGACGACGCCAUGGAGCAAUAUGGCUGCAAGGUGUACGCGUUUGACCCCACGAUGGGGGAGCAGGCUUACCUCAGGGGAAGCAACAUCCACUUCUACCCCUGGGCCUUAGGAGGCGAAACUGGGGUCGCAAAAUUCAGGGGGAAAAAUAGAACGAUCUGCACAUAUCGUGAUAUUCUUAAGAAGAUAAACGAGGAGAAAAGCGUCAUCGACUACCUCAAGAUCGACGUCGAGGGCUUCGAGAUUGACUUCUUUCGCAACGUCCUAAACGACGACGUCGAACUCCUGGCCAACGUCAAGCAGAUCGGAAUGGAAAUCCACCCAGGGAGGUCGACGACGAACAGAGACAAGAUCUGGAGCCAAAUUCGGCAGCUGCGCAGUCUGCAUUUUUCGCAGGUCUCCAGUCUACCGAACGUGGUUGCUGGCAAUUCUUACAAAUUCGAGAACAAAACUGUUUCUCAAUGUUAUGAAAUUCUUUGGGUUAAUGAACAAUUCCAAGGGAAUUGAGUUCCCUUUUUCGUAACUUCUGCUUGAAAGAAACGUGCGAUGCAUUUUUUUGCCUUUUUCCAA